AAAAAGAAACGCAACAGCCGUGGUUCGCGGAGAAGCGAGACUUCACUCCCAUGCAAGCAGUUCCUUCUCCCUCUCGUCCUCAGCCAUUCCUAUGAUUGCAUGCAUAAUAUAUGGUGGUGGGUUCAAUUAUAUUCAAAUCAUCUUGUUGUUGUUCCUGCUCGGAACCGAAACCCCCAAAAUCGAAAACUUCCUGAGGAGAAAAUCGGGGAAGGGGAAGAUAAAGAAGACAAAGUUGAGCCUGAGUCCACCCUGGUGAUGCAACCUGCAGAGAGAACCGGUGAAGGAGAAGAUGUAAAAAACAAAGUUGAGCUGGAGUCCUCCUUGGUGAUGCAACCUGAAGAGAAAAUCGGUGAAGGAGAAGAUGUUAAAAACAAAGUAGAUAAUAUCAGCAAGGACUCCUGUGGUUCCUCAAACAGUUAUGGGACUAAUCUUUCUCUAUAUAGGAAUAGAAAAAGGUGGUACAAGGUAAGGUUCUCAGAGAUGCAUUACCGUGAUGAGCAGGUAGCUUUGCUGCUAGACGCACUUAAAUGUGAUAAGUUUGAACUCCCUUCUAUUUAUCGAUACCAUAGUAUCCGUUUGUUUGAAGCUUACAUGACAUAUGCUGAGGCUCAAAAAGUCCGUGCGUUGGAAGAAGUUGCGUAUGUUGGAUUGGUUCCAAUGAGUGACAAUGUGCAGUCUGCAAAACGAACCAAGUCUGGAAUUUUUGAGGCUAGACCAAAAUCAAAGAAACAAAAGCGUAGCCUAGGCAGCAUACUCUCAGAGCGGAGACAAAACAAAGAGAAAUGGAGGUAUAAUGAAGAUUUGGAGCAGGAGGCUAAAAUAGAGGAUUCCGAAGAAGAAGACUUCUCAGAGGAUGAAUGGAGCAGAGAUUACAGUGGUUCCGAUGACACAUACGAGGGUUAUUAUGGUUUUGAUGAGUUUGGGAAAAGGUGGUACAAAGUAUGCUUGUUAGAUGAGAAAACAAAGGAUGAUCAGGUAGCUUUGCUGCUAGACGUGCUUAAUUGUGACCAGUCUGGAAUUCGUUCUAUUUAUGUAUAUCAUACUCCGGAUCUGUUUAAAGCUCGCAUGACCAAGGAAGAGGCCGAUAGAGUUGCUGGGUUGGGAGAAGUUGAGUUUGUGGAGCCACUAAGUUAUAUCAUAGCCCUUGAUUAGGACUUAGGCUAUCUUGCAAGUUGAUGAAAGUGACCAAGAAUGUCGUGUAAUCAUUUUCAUGUUACGUAUUAGUAUUGGACUUGGAACUACUUGUAUUUAAUGGGAAUGUCUUUUGAAGUUACUAAUUUAGUGGGAGGCUAUCAAGAAAGUGUCCCAAAGGUUUUCA